AUGGCGGCUAUGGGUGUAGUAAAAGAUUGCGUGCCAGAGCUAAACACCAUCAAGGCGGAAGGAAACGCGCCAAAAGUUUUCAAGGAGAAGAUAUCCGUGCACAGCCACAUCAAAGGACUGGGCGUCAACCCAUCCAUAUUCGAAGUAGACACGGCACUCAUUAACUCAACAGGAGAUGUUUCUGACCCGAGAUACCAGGAAUAUAUCGAUUGUUUCGAUGUUGGUUGCGGUCUGGUAGGCCAGUACAGGGCGAGGGAGGCUGCGCAGCUCGCGGUGGAUAUGAUAAAGGAGAAGAAAAUGGCCGGAAGGGCGCUACUGCUUGCGGGGCCAAGCGGCAGCGGCAAAACCGCUCUAGCCAUGGCCAUAGCAAAAGAGCUUAACACAUCCGCGCCUUUUACUAUCCUAUCGAGUACCGAAGUGUUCAGCAGUGAGGUUAAGAAGACCGAGGUCUUGAAUGAGGCGUUCCGCAAGUCGAUACACAUCAUUCUGAAGGAGGAAAAACAAGUGUACGAAGGCGAAGUCACCGAACUCGUGGCAGAGGAAACGGAAAAUCCGAGCGGAGGAUUUGCAAAGUGUGUCAGCGCCGUAGUCGUCACCCUCAAAACGGUCAAGGGGACCAAAACUCUGAGGCUGGCGCCGCAGAUACACGACCAGAUGGUUAAAGAAAAGGUCACGAUAGGAGAUGUUAUAUACAUAGACGCAUCAACAGGUCAAGUGCGGCGCUGCGGCAGAUGUGAUGCAUAUGCUACUGAGUUUGACCUGGAGGUCGAGGAAUACGUUCCUAUACCAAAGGGAGAUGUAUACAAGCAAAAGCAAUGCGUGCAAGAAAUGUCCCUAAAUGACCUCGACGUCGCAAAUUCACAACCGACGGGUGGGAAUGAUGUUCUUUCAAUGAUCAACCAGUAUAUCAAGCCUAAGAAAACGGAAAUAACCGAAAAAUUGAGGCUGGAAGUGAACAAGGCCGUAAAUCGAUACAUAGACAUGGGUGUUGCGGAGGUGGUACCAGGGGUAUUGUACAUUGACGAGGUCCACAUGUUCGACAUUGAGUGUUUUACGUACCUCACGAAGGCAUUAGAAUCACCGUUGGCGCCCAUUGUUAUACUUUCGACAAACCGUGGUCUCUGCACAGUUCGAGGUACGGAUUCCAUAGAACCACAUGGAAUUCCCGUGGAUCUACUCGACCGAUUGUUGAUCAUAAAAACACUUCCGUAUACCAUUGAUGAAUUAGUGCAAGUAUUGCGCAUACGGGGGAAGGCAGAAAACGUGCCUCUAACCGACGACGCCUUGUUACGCUUGGGAGAAAUUGGGGCCAAUGCAAGCUUGCGCUAUUGCAUGCAGCUCAUUGCGCCCGCAAACAUAUUGAGAGAAAUUGGACAGAGCGAUGUACUAGACAGGCGCUUCAUAGACGAGGCUGACUCACUGUUCAUGGACUGCAAAGUGUCUGCUCAGCGAAUCGCACAGCAAUCGCAUCUUUUCGUAUCAUAA